CAGAUACAAUCUUUCUCUCUUCUACCUAAGUGUAGUGAUGCAAGCUUGUCAAAAACAAUGUGUAGGAUGUGCUGGGAACCAGAAAAUGGGAAAAUACUCUUCAUACCAGUUCAGAAAGAGAUUCAUAUGUAUGAGAGAGAAACAUGGAAGAAAUUAUCUACCUUGACUGACUCAUCAUUUACUGAGCAUGUGUCAGUGCUAGCUGUUAGUCCAGAUGGGAAAUACCUAGCAGCAGGAGGGUCUGAUGGUUGGAUUUGUGUGUUCAAUCUACAGUCCAAGAAAUGUGUUGAUAAACAUAAAAAUGAGAAAGGACUCUCUAUCAUGUCAUUAGCAUGGAAUCCAAAAGGAAAUAUGGAACUUGUCUUCUGUGAUAAUCAGGGUCAACUUGGACAGUUAAGUGAAAUAUCUACAACAGAAAAUGAAAAGGAUGAUGAGGGUAGCAGUAAGGUAGCAAGCGGUGUAUUUGAUGAUGAAGAUGAUGAUUUUCUCAUACAAGCUACAAAUGAUGAUGAUGAUACAAUGGCUAGUGAUGAUGACAUGACAGGUGUAACAUCUAAACCUACACAACCUCUCUUCUCAGAUGAUGAUGGAGAUAGUAUUCCUGACUUCAAGAAAGCAGAUGAUGAUGGCUCCAGUAUAACCUCUGAGAAGUCUGAAAUACCAAAACCAGAAGUCCGCAUUGAGGGAUUCAAACCCACUCCUCUGCAGAGACCCUUCCAGCCUGGCUCAACACCUGAACAUCUUUCUAGUAGGUUUAUGGUGUGGAACUCUGUGGGAGUUGUAAAACAGUACAACUCGGAUGAUGAGAAUUCUAUUGAUAUAGAGUUCCAUGAUACAUCCAUACAUCAUGCUAUGCAUAUAAUGAACAACUUUAAUUACACUAUGUCAGACUUGUCUACAGAGGCUGUUGUCCUAGCAACAGAGGGGGAUUCUGAUGCUGCAAGUAAACUCACAUGCAUGCAUUUCUCAUCCUGGGACAACAAUAAAGAAUGGAGCAUUAGUAUGCCCGACGAGGAGGAGAUUCAGUGUGUUACACUUGGUGAGGGAUGGCUUGCAGCUGCCACAGAACUUAGAAACUUGCGCCUGUUCUCAGUGGCUGGUGUACAGAAGGAGAUAUUUAGCCUGCCAGGACCUGUGGUGUGUAUGAGUGGACAUCAAAACCAGCUGAUGAUUGUUUACCACAGAGGAAUGGGAAUACCUGGUGAACAGUGUUUUGGUGUAUCUUUGUUGGAUGUAAGAGAAUGGAAGAGGGAAAUCCAUGGAGAACCUUUACCAUUGUCAUCUAAGUCUACAUUGGCAUGGGCAGGGUUCUCGGCUGAAGGAACACCAUUUUAUAUGGAUUCUACUGGAAUUGUGCGAAUGCUUUGUAGAAAUAUGGGUAAAACAUGGGUACAGGUUGCUAACACAAGGACAAAUGCCAAAGGAAAAUCAGACCAUUACUGGAUUGUUGGUAUCCAUGAAAACCCCCAACAGCUCAGGUGUAUACCAUGUAAGGGCUCAAGAUACCCUGCCACUUUACCUAGGCCAGCUCCUGUCAUCUUGCCCUUCCAGAUACCUUUAUGCGAACUUGCCACAGAGAAAAGUCAAUAUGAGGAGUCAUUAUGGAGGACUAACCUAUUGUCAGGACACUUUGAUCAUUGGACAAGACAAGGGUUUGAGUUUGAUGAGACAAUUAAGGCUGAUGCUCUUAAACCAGCACAGGAGGCCCUCAUGAAACUAUUUGCUCUUUCAGCAAGAUCAGAGAGGGAGGCACGAGCAUUGGAGGUAUGCGAUAUGAUGUCUGACCAGCAUACGUUACAGUUGGCCAUCAAAUACAGCAGUCGUAUGCGAUACAUGCAGCUGGCACAGAAAAUUAGUGAACUGGCUGUAAGGAAGGCAGAGGAGGAGGAGGCUAAACAAUAUGCUCAAAGUUAUGAGGAAGAAUCUAGAUCAACACCGUACACAAGUGUAUCUAGAGCAGAACAGUACGAGACGGAGAAUAUAGAGGAAACACAGGAACAAGAUGUUGACAUGGAGGAAGAUGAGAGCUCAUCAGGACCGAUGUUAGCUAUCAAGGUCAAAGAAGACAAACAAGAGAAGUCCCAGAAUCCCUUCAAGAGCAGGUCGAACCCUUUCAAGGUAUCUAGUCAACAGUCGAGUUCAUCAUUCACCAAGGGUACACAGGUUUUUGAUAGUAUGUCAAAGAAGAAAGAAAAACCCUCACCUUUGUUUCCACUGGAUACAAAAUCAACAAAAUCACAGAAAAAGGGAUCACAGCCUAAGCUAUUCAUGAAAAAGAAAUCGGAGCCGGUUAAAACAAACAAAAUUGAAGAGGCAGCUUCUCAAAAACCUGCAUCAGCCUUUGACCUAUGGUUGGAGGAGAAUAGUGAAAGAUUGAAGGAAAGCCAUCAGGAGACUGACGAGGAAGAGUUCAGUAAAUAUGCUGCUGAACAAUUUAGGGCUUUAGCCAAAGAAGAGAGACAGGUUUGGGUGAAGAAAGCGAAGGCUUCCAGUGAGAAAAGUAAAGAAAAUAGUAUUGAUACAGAACCAAAAGAUAACUCGGAAAACAAGAAGAGGAAACGUGAUGAUACAGAUUCGGAGGAGGGUGUCAAAAAACACAGAGACAGUAUAGAAACUGAUGUUAAAAAGACGCCAUUGUCUCAAACAACUAACUCUAAACUUGCAAAUUUUGCCUUUAAGAAAGAUGAUAGUUAAUUUAUAUAGUAAAUGAUAAUGUUAUUUCCAAUAUUAUAUGUAUACUAAUUAAUUUGUAAUUAAUAUCUGUAUUUUAUAUUCAAAUAUAAAGCUUGAGUGAUGAAUAAUGAGGCAUGUCUUGUUAGCUCAUUAGGUCUUGUGUUAGAUACUGGUGAACAGAUCUGAUUGAGAAGGCAUAAAUAAGUUGGGAGUCUGACUUCAGUUAAAAAAGAUAAGAAAAAUAACAAACAAAAUCAGGUUAAUACAUUAUAAGCCCUAACUGUUUUUGUUUACUAAAACAACAUGAUAGAAAAUGGUGUCAACAAAUGAUUCUAAACACAUGACAAACAAAAGCUUUCUAAAUA